AUGCACUGCACAGACCUGACCUCCUCCAACUUGUCAUCCGAGGGCGCAGCCUCCAGCUUGAUGAAAGCAGGUUCCAGCAAAGCCAACAUUGCCCGCUCCGAGAACUCGGUAUACCAAGUCGGUACACCUUUAGCAAGAGCCCGAGCCACCAUGGCAGACCCAUCGCCCCCCUCCAGAGAGAUCCUAUCCCUCUCUGACCUCGAAACCAUUGCUUCCCGCAAGCUCCCAAGGCCGGUGUGGGAGUUCUUCUCCUCCGGCGCCACGACCCAAGUAACAGUCAAAGAGAACUCGUCCGCCUUCUCAAAGUACCGCAUUAUCCCGCGCGUCCUGCGCGAUGUCUCGGCACUUGAUACGACGAUCUCAAUGUUUGGCGAGAAGCUCUCCUUCCCGCUCUGCGUCUCCCCGGCGGGCAUCCAAGCCAUGGCUCAUCGCGACGGCGAACUCGCAACCAGCCGCGCCUGUGCGCGCGUAGGCGUGAACAUGGGCGUGUCCUCGUACGCAACCUACAGCGUCGAGGAGAUCGUUGCAGCCGGGCGUUCGGUCGGUAGUAUCAACCACGCGAUACAGCUCUACAGCAUGAACGACCGCUUAAAAGAAGAGGCGAUCAUCCAGCGCGCCGAGAACGCAGGAUGUAAAGCGAUCCUUUUAACAGCCGAUAGCCCGGUCCUCGGCGUACGCUGGAACGAAACACGCAAUGGGUUUAUCCCGCCCGUUGGCCUGGGAUAUCCGAUGCUCGACAGGACCUCAGACGAUAUUCAGGCGCAGAGCCACGGGGACGGAUUCGCGGCGUUUAAUUCGUCGUCGCACUGCUGGGAAACUGAGAUCCCUUGGCUGCGUGAGAGGACGAGGAUGGAGAUCUGGAUUAAGGGCGUGCUUUGUCCUGAGGAUGUGGAGAUGGCGAUUGAGUAUGGCUGCGAUGGGGUUAUUGUCAGUAACCAUGGAGGUCGGCAGUUGGAUGAGACACCUGCCACUGUGGACGUCCUUGCUGCUUGUGCUGCGGCUGCGAAGGGGCGGAUUAGGGUCCAUGUUGAUGGGGGGGUUCGCUCGGGGAAUGAUAUCUUUAAGGCGUUGGCGCUGGGGGCGGAGUGUUGUUGGGUUGGGAGGCCGGUGCUUUGGGGGCUUGCGUACGAUGGCGAGCGCGGAGUCCAGCUUAUGCUUGAGAUUCUGAAGGGCGAGUUCGCGAGAUGCAUGCAGUUGGCUGGGUGUAGGAGUAUUUCUGAUAUCAGCCCUUCGAGUCUGGGGAUUUUCCGUGCUGAUGGGCCUUUGGCGAGGCUGUGA